CCUGGAAGUCUGCGUCUCUGCCGCCGAUCGCUCCGGACAUUUUGCGACCGUGUGGAGGCGGCGAGAGCCGCGAUUAUUAUAGUUGUUGUUGUUGUUCGCGAGACGGGAGCUGUUUGUUGUCGUUGUGACCCACGACACGAGGAGAAGCAGGUGAGGAGGAGGUGAAGGAGAAGGAAGGAGCGUGAGGGAAGGUCGAGAGAGGAGCCCUGCAGAACGACGCGGAGGAGGACAUCGUCGGACCGGGACGCGGGAAGAGGCGGCGGCGGAGGCAGAUUUGUAACGAGGUGUUGAAGAAAGAGGCGCAGAUUGAACGGGGGAGGAAGACGUGGAAGGAAGAGGAGGAAGGAGGAGGAGGAAGGAAGAGGAGAGAGGGGAAGGAAGGAAGAUAAGGAAGGAAGAGGACGCCAGGAAGGAGGAGGCGGGGAAAGGUGUCGGAGUUGUAGGAGGGGGACGUGAAAGCAGGAGGAGAAACAGGAUUUGCAAGGAGGUCGUGUGAGUAGCAGGCAGUGAAUGGUGGAAUAGAUCAACACUCCACCACCGCACUCCACCACCACACAUCACCACACUCCACCACCACCACCGCACUCCACCACCACCACCACACACCACCACACACAACCACCACCACCGCACUCCACCACCACACUCCACCGCACACCACCACCACCACACUCCACCGCACACCACCACAACCACCACACAGAACCACCACCACCACAACCACCACACACAACCACCACCACCACACACAACCACCACACUCCACCACCACACUCCACCACCACCGCACUCCACCACCACCGCACUCCACCACCACCGCCACGAUGCCGCUGGUGCACCGGGUCCUCUUCACGUGGCUCUUCACCAUGUCCUUCCUGGUUCUCGCCGUGCUCAAGCUGGACGGCCGCGUCAGCUGGAACUGGUUCCUCGUGUUCGUGCCCCUCUGGAUCUUCGACACGGCCCUUCUCGUCAUGCUGGCCGUGCGAAUCGUGAGCCACUGCCGCACUGGCCACGACCAGGCCGACGUGACACUGCGCAAGAAGGCGUGGUACCUGGUGGCCGUGCUGCUCAAGCUCGCGUUCCUGCUAGCCGUGUGCGUCUGGCUGCAGUCGCCGGCCUCCGCUCCGCUCUACUUCCUCUUCGUGCCCCUCUGGUUGCUGCUGCUGGGCGCUGCAGCAGACCUGGGCCACCACGUGUUCUGGGUGCUCGUCUAGUAGCAAGGCGGUGGUGGUGUGGGUGUUGAACUGGGAUGGAGGCCACCACGUGUUCUGGGUGCUCGUCUAGUAGCAAGGUGGUGGUGGUGGGUGUUGAGCUGGGAUGGAGGCCACCACGUGUUCUGGGUGCUCGUCUAGGAGCAAGGCUGCGGUGGGUGUUGUUGAGCUGGGAUGGAGGUCACCACGUGUUCUGGGUGCUCGUCUAGGAGCAAGGUGGUGGUGGUGUGGGUGUUGAGCUGGGAUGGAGGCCACCACGUGUUCUAGGUGCUCGUCUAGUAGCAAGGCUGCGGUGGGUGUUGUUGAGCUGGGAUGGAGGCCACCACGUGUUCUGGGUGCUCGUCUAGUAGCAAGGCGGUGGUGGUGGGUGUUGAGCUGGGAUGGAGGUGGAGAGAAUUGCGAGGCAGUGUAAACACGCGUGCACGGGGAUGAUGUUAAGGCGAAUGCAUUUCGGGUGGUCACGCGCUAACAGUCAACUCGACCAGCAGCUAUCUCGGUUGUUAAUUCGACUGUCAACAAGAGACUCAAAACGACACUCCGCUACAACACGUGUGUGUUGUAGCACAACACCAAAAGCUAACAACCCACGCAAACCACUAACCACUCAACCAGCCAAAAACACAACGCACUCGAUGAAUACACUCGGGACAACACAAUUCGGCUCAAUCAUCAACACACUCAAACCAACCCACAUAACUAUCUCACCCAAUCAGCAAUCCACCGAAUUGCCAACCUAUCCAUUAACCAGCUGAAUGGUGAAUGCGGGCCAUCUCGUCCGAAACUCCAACCUACCCAGCAGCGGCAGUGAAGACGAUAUCCGAAGACGGACAUCAGCUCCCCAAACAGACAUUCGUAAACCCACACACACACAGGAGCGUGGAACGAGACAUUUGAAAACAACUUCGCUCCAAAACCAUCAUUUAUCAUAGACACUGCAGAUUGUGCUGUAUACGGAGGCGUUUUCUCCCGAACCAACGCUUCCAUUUCGGCAAGCAGUCGCUUUGGUUGCCUCCCGGCUGCCAUCUCCCGUCCUCUGGUCACCCAGCCAUGAGCAUGGGACUUGACAUUUCGUGUGGAGGAAGGCUCUGCUUCCACCCGUGGGAAUUGGAGAGGAAUCAUGUCUGCGAACAACGUUCCGUCAUCGGGGACACGAGGGUAAAUACACAAUGUGGGGCUGUGUGUGCCUUCUGGCUGGGUUCGGAUACUACACAUCUGUGCAUGGUGUUGUACGGUGGUGGGAAAAACUCCGCGUGUUAAAAUGUAAAUCCACUGCAGGCUCAAUAUCAACGAUCAACAAAUUGUGUUUUACUUCCAAUAACGUAAUUUUUCUCCACUGCGGAAUCUGCCUUACUGUGCUUUUUUCAUUCAAUCCUGCCCUGGCCAUCAUUCUCCACUCCACAGUCAUUCAUAUCCUGAUUUAACGUUUCGAACCACACUUAUAUAUAUGCCUUUCGGUUGGUGCCCUGGUGUUUUUAUUCCAUCUCCACUCGAUACGCUUUUUUUGUCUUAUGUCCUCGUCAUCUAAGUAUAAACGUGGUUUCAUAUCGUCUUAAGGGAGGCAGCACGUACACAAUUGUUGAAAUUUGGAUCUCCAUUUGUACAUUCGCUUUUACACCAUUGAUAAUUUCUGCUCCGUUUGGAUAUUGAGGUGGUUUUGGGAUUCCAGAACUACUGGUGGGGUCCAACUCCCCUCGUGGCUGAUGGCAUUAAGGCAGCUUCGAGUACUUAUUUAAAUUAAUUCUCCUAUGUUGGUGGCAACUGGAGAAUGAAUAGUUGGUAGUGCAGUCGUCUGGAAUUAUGUUUAUAUUAAACUGCUGUCAGUCAAUUUCAGCUGUGCUAUAGCAAAGCAGUCAGAUUUAUCAUUCCUGGGAUCAUAGAUAUUCAGGUCCAGUUUGCGAACAUUUAAACCAUCAAAUACAUUAUUUUGUAAGGUUUUGCAUUGAAAAAGGUCCAUCACACUUAUACAAUUUUCAAUACAACUGUGGAUGGGAAGGUUGACCUUAAUGAAGAUCUAAACAAUUACGACCGUAUAAACCAAAGCAUUGCAGAAUAUUAGACCCCAUUGAAAUAUACUACUGUAGCUCUGGAUUUUUGUUCCUCCGAAUUGACUUUGAAAUGUUAACUUUUCCCCUUGGCCUUGUGUGAUCGUGGUGUAGGUGGCUGGAUGCCAACAAGCAGACAUUACCACUGCCGACUUCCAGCACAGGCAGGCACCGAAGCCUGGGCUCGCACAUCCACGUGGCACGAGACCACAACGGGUCUCGGAUGUCUCCAGUCUGUCCAGGGCCAGCGGGCAUGAGACACGAGAAAGACUGAUGGUUUCGAGGAGGCGCGCCGGUAAACUUGCUAAGCGUGUGGUGGAAAGACUUGUUCAAUCCAACUGGACUUGGCCCAGACGUGUAGAUUUCCUGGACUGUGUUAGCUGGUAGUCUGCGCUGCCGGACAAGUGUUACAGAGCCUCCUUGAUGGCAAGUUAGACAUGAAAGUCAUAUGGCACUGCAAGGGCCAUUUAAAGAACUGCAGUGCUCACACACCAAUGCAGGCUUAAUGCACACAAGCAUUGGUCUAAUCUACAGUCACAUGUUUAAGGAAUGAUAGGACUGCUCUAGCUUAAAGGUGAAACCAAUCGUUGGGCAUGGUUUUGUUCACGUGGUGAUCCUACCAGGGCACCGGUUUCUUUAAGGAACUUUACAAUUAUCUACUCAUCUAUGAUGAGAAUUGCUUGUAUGCCAUACACCUGCCGAGCUGUCAUGUGCAUGUUUGCAUCUAAACAUUGCAGAAGCACAGUAUAAGUUUGUUUAGAGCUGUUAUGGGGCUGAAUGGUGCACCAGAAUUUAAAUUGAGACGAAGGCUUGUGGUAUGGUAGAGGGGCAUUUGUGCAAUGAUUUAUGAAGUGUGUAGCGUUGAGUAUUUGAAUGUUGCGUUGUUUGUUAAUCUUUGCAACCGUGGUACCUGUUGUAUAUUUGUUUUUGACAAUGUAUACUUGGCAUUGUAAUUCCAUUUACAUUCAAGCUCACUUGGUUAAUAAAGCUAAUACAAAUUG